AUGGAGCUUGGUCCCUGCCGUGUCUGCGGCUGUCCCGCUUUGGCGCGCUGCUCGCGCUGCCAAGAAGCGGCGUACUGUGGCCCGGAGUGUCAGCGUGCGGAUUGGCAGAUUCAUAAGCAAAGUUGUCACAGAUCCCGAGAGGCCCCUGCAGAGCGGCUGCAAGUGCCAGCAGUGCCAGCAGGGCCAGCAGGGCAGGCCGCUGCAGUGGCACCCAAACAGAAGGAGAUUGAGUGGGAUGCAGUGCGUGCCAUGCUGGGACAGGCGCCGGCGCGGCCUUCAGAUGACCGUGCCGACGAAGCGGCUGGGCCAGCGGAGCCGAGAGUCAGUGGGGCCAGCCCAGGAUGGCAGAGCUCCCCAACUCACCCCACCACCCCAGCACCCUUCGACGUCCACCUGGUGGGCAAGAACAACGUGGAAGUUGCGCAGGCCGUGGUGGCGAAACUCAAGGAGCGUGGAGUCUGUGUGAUCAAAGCGGGCGCGGAGAGGGCUUUCCACAAAGCAGUGCAUAUGGAAGCAAAGCAGCUGUGGGAUGCUGGGGCAUACACCAGUGCAAGCAAAGGCAGCCCAUCCUCACCAGGUAGUCACGAGAUCACCUUCAAUGCAAGAGAUGACAAGGUGAUUUGCUUGAGCUCUUCUGUGCUGGAUGCGCUGGGGAAGAAGGUGCAAGCGCUGAAGAAAGUGGACGAGCAGCUUGCCAACUUUGGCUGGGGCAUCAAGCAGAUUCUAGAGGACCAGCUUGGGCUUAGUUUGACGAAGAGAACGCCAGGAAUGCUUUCGUGCUACGAUGGCCAGAAGGUGCCCGAUGCACAAUAUGGCUUUCACGUGGACAACCCAUACAUGACCAACAUGGCAGUUCCGGACGAUGGCAGGAGGCUGACGUUGAUUUUCUACAUUUCAGAUGGGCAGCACUGGGAUGUCCAAAAGGAUGGUGGUGCCCUACAGGUCUGCAUGUCAGAUCCAAGACGGGCGCCAUCAUCCACUGCAGAGGCCUUAACCCAUCCCCUAUUCACUGUGGCGCCCGACUGUGACACGUUGGUGGCAUUCUGGUCCCAUACCAUGUUCCAUGCGGUGCUACCGGUCACCGGCACCAAGCCGCGCUUCGCCUUGUCCACGUGGUUUAUGGGCAGCUGA